GUCUAUCAAUCGUAUCAUUAUUUCUUGCCUUGGUUUCUUAACCAUAUCAGCGACAAACAACAAUCUCUCUCUCUCUUCCAAAGAAUUCAUACCAACAAUCGUAAUGAAGAAUGGCAGUCAGUUGGCAAGUGCUAUAACACGAACAGUAAUGUUAUUCGUUGAAUAUCACUCGAUCGUGUUUUUUUUACGUUCCUUUAUCAUGGUUUGGUGCAAUAUCAAUGGCAAGUCAUUCAAAAGAAUUUGUGCUCUCGUCAGUUUUAUUUCGGGGCUCUAUAUUCUGUGUGAAGUCAGAAAUGUCCCUCUGAGAUUCAAGUUCGUGCAAUCGUCAGUCAAAUCCGAGGAUGACAAAUUCUGGCAAACCUUGAGAACGUAUAUCACGGCCAGAAAGCAUGGAUUGUCUCAAAUCAAUAUCACAAAAAGGAUAUUUAAUGUCACAAAUCUGCACGAAAUCCCGGGACAUCCUCAUUCUUACCCUUUUCUCACCGGAGAUACUUUGAAGUCAUUUGCCGAUGUUUACUAUGACCGUUCUAAGACUAAAGGACACCCAAGUGCCUCAUAUUAUCUGGUAGAUGGACUUUGGGUACUUAAAGGUGACCGAAAACUCCCCCUAGAAAAGCGGAAACAUAUACCUUCUAAUGGCGACGUAAUUUUCAUCAAAACGGACUUUUUGGAACGGAUUGCUGGGACUUUCCUAGCCCGGUUGAACACCUCGUUCAUUCUCAUCACUCAUAACUCCGCAUUCAGUGUGCCCAGAGGCUCUAAAUCCAUGCAGCUCUUGGAUCAUCCCAAACUAAUUCGAUGGUUUGCUCAGAAUCCGCGGAUCAAUCAUCCAAAUCUUGAGGCUAUUCCCAUUGGUCUUGAAAAUCAAAGGUUUCAUUAUGCUGGAUUCCUUCCCAACCUGGAAAAAUCUUUCAAAUUAAUCUCUCGAAUUUAUGACCCUGCUGACACAGGCACUCAUCGAACCAAGCCCAACACGCUUUACCUGAAUUUUAACCCAACACACAAUAACAUUCGAUAUGUUGCCCAGCAUUAUCUGAUCAAAAUGGGUUACCAAAAGUCAGAAAUCAAACCCCUAUUGGAAUAUCACAGGGAUUUGGGCAAAAGCCGUUUUGUAGUCUCGCCUCCAGGUGUUGGUGAGGACUGUCAUCGGACCUGGGAGGCCAUACUUUUUGGAACCAUUCCCAUUGUUUGGAACUCGACCUUAUGGAACCUAUUUCAGCAAUCGCCGGUGAGAGUGGCAAGAUCUGUCGACGAUUUUGCAUUUGACAACCUCAAUGAUUUCCAAGUUCAUUCGAAAAACCGUCAACUUUUGAUGGCACAGUAUUGGUUUGAUAGAAUAAAUAGUUUUCGAUGAA